CACAGUGAAUUUUUCCACAGUGUUGCUAAAAGAUGUUCACAACGAAAGUUCUUUUCUGCCUCUUUGGCAUCUUCCUGGUCGUUUCCAGUGCACCGGAUUUUAAGGUUCAGCCGAGAAUCUCUGGUGGAAGUCCAGCUGGAGAUGCGCAAUAUCCUUUUAUGUGCUCCAUAAGAUUGCUGAAUACGGGCGUUCUUGGCACAUUGAUUCCAACUCACAUUUGCGGCGGAACUUUACUCAGUCCGAGUUGGGUUCUCACGGCCACGGAUUGCGUAUGGAGUAUUCCCAGUUUAGACUUAGUCUAUAUUGUCUGCGGAACGAACAGUCUGAUCGACUUGCCAAACCUGCCACUGUUGAGCAUCUUGAACCAGAACGGUGAUAAGCAAGUCCGCAGCAUCAGUACACAGGUUCCAAGUCCAGGAGGAGGUCCUUUGUCGCUGUCUGUUCUUGGCGUUUCGCAGCCAUUUACUUUAAAUGCACACAUUCAACCCGUGAAUCCAGCAAGUCUUCUGCCACCUGAAGGAUCUCCAGUUACAAUCAUGGGCUGGCAAAACGUACUGACAACGCAAUUACAAGUUACCAACGUGGACAUUAUCAGCAAUUCGCAGUGUCAAGCUGACGUUGCAGGAAAAGCGCCGGCCAUCACAGUCACCGCCAAUAUGUUCUGCACUGGAAAUCCUGAGAGUGGUUAUGGCGAUUGUGAUGCUGAUAAAGGAUCGCCAGUGAUGGAUAACGACGUCUUGAUUGGCGUCAAUCUCUGGAGUCCAACUGGAUGCGCUGUUACUGGCCUAACUCAGCCUUAUCCAAAUGUUCACUUCUCCAUUCCAUCCUUCCUUGGCUUUGUCAGUCAAUUCACAUGAAGCAGUUGAUGGGAAACAUCCCAAUUUCUGUACUUCUCCAUAUAAAAACAAGAAUAAAAAUGUUUAAGGAUAACAAAUAAAUGCUUGUACAGUUGAAUUCCAAAGCAUAAUUUUUCAUUGAAUAACUUUACAGUCAAUUAAGAGAAAUUGUGCUUUACAGCUUGAUAAUAAAACCCAAAUAAAAGUCACACAAUAGCAUAGAAUAAAAAUAAUAAAAUAUUCCGUCUCUUGUUGUGUAAGAU